AUGCCGUUCUGUGCCCAGGCGCUGCCGUACGACUAUGGCGCGCUCUCGUCCAAAGGCAUCUCCAAGGAUCAGGUCACGUGCCACUACGAGAAGCACCACAAGGGGUACGUGGCGAAGCUGAACGCUGCCGCGGAGUCGAACUCGGAGGUCUCGUCAAAGUCGCUGGAAGAGGUGAUCCGGACAAUGAGUGGCCCCAUGUUCAACGCUGCCGCUCAGAUCUUCAACCACGACUUCUACUGGAAGAGCAUGUCUCCCUCCGGCGGUGGCGAGCCGUCUUGCAAGGUUGCGAGUGCCAUCAGCGAGAGUUUCGGCAGCUUUGCGCGUUUCAAGGAGGAAUUCACGAAUGCGGCGGUCGGUCAUUUUGGCUCCGGCUGGGUGUGGCUCGUGAAGGACAAGUCCAGCUGUAAGCUGAAGGUGUACCAGACGCACGAUGCCGGCUGCCCGCUCACGGACCCCAACCUCGUGCCGCUCUUGGCGUGCGAUGUGUGGGAGCACGCAUACUAUAUCGACUACAAGAACGAUCGCGCAGCCUACGUGAAGGCGUGGUGGAAUGCGGUGAACUGGCCGCAUGCCAACCGGUGCUACAGGGCUGCUGGCGGCCCCCGCUACACAAACAGUGACCUGUAA